GUCAACAAUUUUCGGAGGGAGUUUCAGCUGAUAUCGUGGAUCGACAUGGAUCAAGGAGCAACCGGUGCAGUGCAGAUGACUGUAUUGCGAGGAGAAAAUCUGAGAGGUAACAAAAAACAGCCGUUUCUCAGCUUCGUGCGUGCGGAGUUUAACGGUGUGCUGCUGGGAGACUCGCAGAAAGUGCAGGUGCCUUUGGACGAAGACGUGAAUUACAGCUUCACCUGUGACUUUGAAUGUUCAGAAGUGACCCACACGCUAGACGAUCUGGCUCAUAAACCUGUUAUAUUAACACUGUUUGAGGUCUCCCCAAAAGAAGAAAAACAAAAAGAGGAGAAGACGUCUGUCUUGGGCCAAGCUGUUGUGGACAUGCUCCCUCUGUUGCAUGGGCAAUGUAGCUUCUCCUCCACUGUGGUGCUUCACGCUACACAUGGAUCACCCUAUAUCACUGUCUCACAAGACAAAGGAAUUAAGCCAACACUGGAGGUGACAGUCAGUACACCAAAGCCGUUGCUCUCAGACACUCAGCUAUCUGAAUCUAAUCUGUUGGCAGUCACAGUGGAGACGGCUUACUCUGUACCUGAGGUUUGGAAUACUGCUGCCAGUGGGCCUCAGUACAGUUAUGUAGCUGCUCUGCAAGUCCCCCUAACAUCACAAAAGAAAGAGCAGUUAUUGUUGUUCUCCAAUGGCAUAUUAAAAAUGGGUGGUGAAAGAGAGCCUGUGCCUAGAGGCAAAAAAUGGCCCCUUGGUUCAUUUCUUGCCCCAGAUGCCCAUUUCAUCCCAGGCAUGUUCAUUGUUGACGAGCCUGUUAAACUGGAGCAUAUUGACCGUAAUACUGUUGAGGGUGAAGUAUUCCAAGCUAACGCUGAGUGCAACAGAAAAAGAGUGAGCUGGGAUACAGAGCGUCGCUGUUUUAUUGAUUCAGCUACAUGUUUGUCCGACAGAAUUGUUGAAUGCAGGUUGUGGCCAGUGGAAGUUAUGAGAUAUACGCAGUCUUCCAAAGCAAAAGGAGGAAAAGUAGGCAAAGAAAAAACGCAACUGGAAGAUGACAUUCAGAUUUCUUUUCAUGGAGUUGCCUAUGUCGACUUUGCACCUUUGCUGUAUCCUGGAGUCAAGCGUAUCCGUGGAGCGUACAGAAUCCACCCAUUCUCUGAAUCUGACCUACUAAAGAAAACCAACAGGCAGGCAAGUGUGGUGAGCGAGAGCAUGAAGUCACAGCUAUCAGAAGCUCGUCUUCGUCCAACUUCAUUAACCCCCUGCAGGGCAGCAUCCAGCAAAGUGUUGGGAAACAGAAGAGACAGUAAAGAAGAAAUAAAAAAGACAAUACCUGGAAAAGCAGAGAGUGUGACCGACGUUGAACUGCAAGUGAAUACAGAUGCUCAGAUGUAUGCAGAUGCGAGAUCAUACAUCGUUAUUGAAAUUGCUUUGGAGAAACCGUUGGUUCCAAAAAGACAGCCAGAGGAGCUAGCAAGAAGAGUGAGGGACCUGGUUCCUCCCAGGCCUCCACGACACUGGCAUGCAGCCGGAGCAGAGAGAUCUGUGCAGGAAUACCAGGCACAGAUAAUGAACGUAGCAGCGCAGGUGUUGCAGCAGUAUGAGCAGAUGUUUGGAGCUGCAUUCGUUCCUUGUGCCAAGCCUCUCGACCCUGCUACCCAAGAGCAGCGCAAAACUCAGUUGUUCGGAGAGCUGAACUGCUCUGGGAAAUACUUCGCCUUUAAGGAGCAAAUGAAAUAUUCAGUAGUACGAAUUGUGCGUGAGAAGAUGCUGAGAACGGAGGCUUUCACCAACCCAGAGCAGCUGCAGGCUUUUUUGAGUCAACUUUACAGCUUCCUGGUGGAUGAGAUGCAUGUUGCACUUAAUAAGACCUUAUCAGCUGAAGAACAAGAGCUCCAGGCUCAGCCCCUGCUGGACUGCAAUCAGCUUAGGCAAUUUGCCAAAGAGGCUCUGCUACAUGAGGAUUAUCAGCUAGCUGCCCACUAUUACCAAGAGCAACUGGCUCAAGACCGAAGCAAUCCAUCCCACUGGUUUGAUUAUGGUGUGCUUUACAUGUGCACUGCUGAAUAUGUGAAGGCAAAGGAGUGUUUCCAUCUGGCCGUGUCUGUAGACCAAGAGCACAUACCCAGCUUACUUCUGUGUGGAAUUCUGUCAGAAAUGAACAAUUGUUGUGAAGAGGCAGAGACCUUUUUCGAAAGAGCCACAUGUAUCAAUUCAAGCUCCGUGGUCACCUGGACCACAUUUGGCUUGUUUUACUUGGCCCAGGAGAACUUCAUCCAAGCAGAAAUGGCUUUCAUGGAAGCAACUAAGCAGCAGAGAGCAGCCCUGGAGUGUAGCAGCCCAGAGCAGACAACAAAGACUGUGUGUGACAGUAACACUCAUUCAGAAGAUAAUAAGCUGGUGGAUGAACCAGCUGUGAAAGAACACACAGGUGAGACAGAAGGACAGGACAAACCUCAGAGCAGGCAGAAAGUCAGAGCAGAAGAGGAUGACAAAACAAGAGACCAUCAGUCUUCCCCUGGAGUUAGCACCACCAUCUACAUGGAGACGGCAAAGUUUCUACUAGAGAGUUAUGCCUUACAGAUGGCUCAGAGGGCUUUGGCUCAGGAGUUGUUGUGUCCAGAUGGAGGGCCAAGCAGCUCAUAUUAUUUGGCGCUGACCCAAAUACAGCUGCUGAGAGGAGAGUACAGCAGUGCUGAGGCGAGUCUGCAGCAGGCCCUCAGUCAUAACUUUCAAAACCCUGAUGCGUGGGCUCUCUGUGGUCACAUGUACUAUAUGAUAAAGGAUUACAAUCAAGCUCAAGAGUCUUAUGAGAGAACGCUUGAUUUUGUAACAGAUGCUUCAGACACGCAUACUGUUUACCUGCGUCUGGGCUCCAUCUACUUACAAAAAGAACAGUAUGAGAAAGCAAAGCCUACAUACCUGCUUGCCUGUAAGAGUUCUCCCUCCUGUCUCACCUGGCUCGGGCUGGGGAUUGCCUGCUACAGGUUGGGGGAGUUGACUGAGGCUGAGGAUGCCCUGACUGAAGCUAAUGCCCUCAAUAACAGGAACCCUGAAGUCUGGGGCUACCUGUCACUGAUUUGUUUACAGACUGGAAGGAAACUUGAAGCAGAGCAGUCAUACAAGUAUGCUGUAAAGUUCAAGGCGUCUGAGACACUGCUGCAGGAGAUUACAGAUGUGCAGAAACUUGUGGGGUUUGGAAAUCCAGGUUUUUCAUAAAAUAUG